AUGGGCAAGCUCAUCCGUCUCGAGCUUUUCAACUUCAAGUCCUACAAGGGCCACCACACCCUCCUGUUCGGCGACUCCUACUUCACCUCCAUCAUCGGCCCCAAUGGCUCUGGAAAGUCAAAUUCGAUGGAUGCCAUCUCCUUCGUCUUGGGCAUCAAAUCGUCACACCUCCGAUCGACCCAUCUCCGAGACCUCGUCUACCGUGGCCGUGUCAUGAAAACCUCGAAAAUCCAAGAAGAUGGCACCGCUGCCCCCGCUACUAACGGCGUCAAUGGGCACGAAGACGGCGAAGACGAAGAUCCUUCCCAACGAUCCUCGAGGAACGACCCCAAGACGGCUUGGGUCAUGGCCGUCUACGAAGACGAUGCUGGCGACGAGCAACGGUGGAAGCGAACCAUUACAAAUAGUGGAUCCAGCGAGUACCGCAUCAACGAUAGAGUGGUUACCGCCCAGCAAUACAACGAUGCGCUUGAGGCUGAAAAUAUCCUGAUCAAGGCGCGUAACUUCCUGGUUUUCCAGGGAGACGUUGAGGCCAUUGCCUCGCAGUCGCCUCAAGAUCUUACACGCUUGAUCGAACAGAUAUCCGGAAGUCUUGAAUACAAGGCCGAUUAUGAGAAGUUGCAGGCCGAGGUUGAGCAGGCUGCUGAGAACCAGAAUUUCCAGCUGCACCGGAGAAGAGGCAUCAACUCGGAAAUCAAGCAGUAUCAGGAACAAAAGAAAGAGGCCGAAAACUUCCAACGGAAAACCGAAGAACGAGAUGAGGCCGUCAUUACCCAUAUCCUGUGGAAGCUAUAUCACUUUCAGAAGGUCAUGGACGAGUCUAGCGCGCAAAUCCAGGAGCACCAGGAAAACCUUAAAGAGUUCCGUCGGAAUGUUGAAGCCUUUGAAAACAAACUGGAUGCUGCUCGCAAGGAGCAGGCUACGGUAGGACGUGAGAUGGGCAAGGUUGAGAGGAACAUCAAGGCCAAGGAAAAGGACAUUGAAGACAAGGAAAACAGUCUUGUGCCAAUCGACGAAAAGAUUGCGCAAAGCACCCAAGAUAUGGGUGUGCUACGGAAGCGCAUUGUCGAGGUGAAAAAGGACCGCGACAGCCAAGCAUCUAGCAUCUCCAAAUUGCAAAAGGACCUCGCCACCGUGGAGAAAGCGCAGCAGCAGUUCGAAAAGCAAUGGGCCGAAACACUCAAGAAGCAAGGCAAGGAGCUUAGUGAUGAGGACCGCAAGGAAUAUACUAGUCUUCAAGCCGAAGCUAUGAAGAAAACUGCCGACAACCGGGCCAAGCUGGCCAACCUCACGCGCCAGCUCAAGAGUGACGAGGUCACCGUCAACAGCCUGAAAGGGAAAAUCGACAACUUUGAGGCCGCUAUUGAAAAGCUGCAGACCGAGGUUCAGUCGAUCAAGGAUAGAAAAGACGCCAGCCAGGACGCGGUACAACAACUCCGAAGCGAUAUCGCCGCGAAGAAGAAAGAGUAUAACAAACUCCAGUCUGAGCGCGUAAGGAUAAACCAGACCAGAACCGCCCAGGAGGAGAAGCUGCGGGAAAUCCUUCGCAAGCUGGAGGAUGCGGAAUCUGGCCGGCGUCAGAAUGAGAAGGAGACAAGAUUGAGGAACAUGAUCAGCGACCUCAGGCGCAUCUACCCAGGUGUCCGAGGCCGGGUUGGAGAUCUUUGCAAACCCAAACAGAAAAAAUUUGACGAGGCGGUCAUCACAGCCCUUGGACGUGACUUCGAUGCAGUUGUGGUGGACACCGAGAAGGUUGGGAUGGACUGCGUGCAGUAUCUCAAGGAGCAGCGGUUUCCUCCCUUGACGUUUAUUCCGCUCGACAACAUCAAGGUCAACAGCUCAGUUUCGGCAGUUAAGGGCAUUUCCGGAGCACGACUGACCAUUGAUACAAUUGACUUUGAUCCUUCCCUCGAGCGUGCCAUCAGCUACGCUUGUGGUGGAUCUGUCGUCUGCGACAAUCUCCAUAUCGCAAAGGACAUCGUAUACGGUAGAAAGAUCCAAGUCAAGGCUGUCACGCUGGAAGGUUUCGUGAUUCACAAGGCUGGUACCAUGACUGGUGGCCGUUUACCUAAUGAGAAGGGCGGCAAGCGUCGGUUUGAGGAACAUGACAUCCAAAAUCUGCAACGGAUGGCACAGUCAUUGAAAGACGAGGUGGCAGCUUUGGCGCACUCUGGGCGACGAACCGCCAAGGAGGAUGCUUUGCUGGUUGAAUUCACAGCGCUUGAACAACGCCUCAAGAUUCAGGAAGGUGAACUGGCCGCCUUUGAGAAGAAUCUCAAGAGCAAACAGAAAGAGCUCGAUCAUCAGGAGCGGCAGCUGGACGACUACGAGCCCAAGUAUGAGGAAAAGCACGGUGAGCUGGAGCGGACGCGGGCAACGGUACAGAAGUUCGAAAAAGCCAUCUCAGACGUCGAGGAUAAGAUCUUUAAAGAUUUCUGCAAGAGACUGGGCUACGAGAACGUCCGUGCCUACGAAGCCCAGCAGGGCACUUUGGAACAAGAAGCUGCCCAGAAGCGGCAAGACUUUGAUAUCCAAAAACAACGCAUCCAGAGCAACAUCACAUGGGAAACGUCACAGCACACGGCGACCAGCGACAGGAUACACUCGCUAGAACGGACCCUACAACGGCAUGAACGAGAUCUCGAUACAUACCGACAAGAGAAAGCAUCGAUCGAAGAGGAACUGGCGGAAGACCGGGAGGCGCUCGAGGAGCUUGAGCAGAGUCUAGAAGAGCUCAAGGUCUCCCACGCAGAAAAGACCAAGAAGGUUCAGGAGGCCAAGCAAGACCUACAGAGGAGGAGCAGAGACAUAGAAGUCAGGUUGAAGGAGAUCAGCAAUCUGGAGGCUACAGUUCAGCAGAGUAGUGCUCAAAAGCUUGCCCUGCUCAGGAGAUGCAAGCUUGAGCAGAUCCAGAUUCCUCUUCAACAAGGCUCUCUCGACGACAUUCCAAACGAGGACAUGUUACUCCAGAAGGACCAGGAUGCCAUGGAUGUUGAUGGCGAGGAUGAAGACCAGGAAGCCGAGCUUCUCGAAGCUGCCAUGGACGACUACGGUGUUGAAAUUAACUACGACAACCUCGAUGACGCACUACUUCAAGACCCGAACGACGAAGUCGAAGAGAAGCUGCAAGAAAAGAUCUCGGCCCUUACCGCCGAGAUCGAGAAGCUCAACCCCAACAUGCGCGCCAUCGAGCGUCUCGAGUCGGUCAAGUCGCGCCUCGAGUCCACGGAAAAGGACUUUGAGGACUCGCGCGCCGCCCUCAAGGCGGCACGGGAUGCCUUCAACCAGGUCAAGGACAAGCGGUUCGAGCUCUUCAACAAGGCCUUCACGCACAUUCAGGAGCAGAUCACGCACGUGUACAAGGACCUCACACGCUCAGACGCCUAUCCGCUCGGUGGGCAGGCGUACCUGGAUAUCGAGGAGGACACGGAUACCCCCUACCUGUCGGGCAUCAAGUACCACGCCAUGCCGCCGCUCAAGCGGUUCCGCGACAUGGAGCACCUGUCGGGCGGUGAGAAAACCAUGGCGGCGCUAGCGCUGCUCUUUGCGAUCCACAGUUACCAGCCGUCACCCUUUUUCGUGCUGGACGAGGUGGACGCGGCGCUGGAUAAUGCCAAUGUGGAAAAGAUCAAGAAGUACAUCCGCGAGCAUGCGGGUCCUGGAAUGCAAUUUAUCGUCAUCAGUCUCAAGGCUGGGCUGUUUCAAGAUAGCGAGAGCUUGGUGGGCGUUUAUCGCGAUCAGGACGUGAAUAGCUCCAAGACUUUGACGUUGGAUUCGCAAGUACAACUAAGUAGUCAUUGGUAGUGGAGGACUUCGUGUAAUGCCAUGUCAUGUAUGGCCUCCCGUUAGGCGGCGGGGAUCUGAUGGUUAUGUGUGUGAACUGGGUGAAACCACUUCAGGCGGGCGGGCAGUGUAAACAAAUCGAUCGGAAGGAGUUCAAAGG